CAGGCUUUUCUUUUUUAAAUAUAUCAACUUAGUUGUAUAAAUACAAACGUAACAUUAAUUAAUAAAUAAAUAAACACCUAAAUAACAACAGAAUUCAUAAUUAAACUGGAAAUACCACUAAGCACAGAUGUCUAACCUUGCUUCCACCGAGAGCCAAAAUUCUCUUGCUAAUUCCCAAGUCUGAAUCCUCGAAGUAGGCGGCAAUCUGAAUGUACUUUGGUCCAAUAACAAAAUUUCAACAUUAAUAUUUCCUCUGUAUAAAUACUUAUGUGGUUGAUUAAUUUGGUACCAUCGCCAUGGAUGCCCACCAGCAAGCUGAACACACCACAACAAUUUUGAUGCUUCCAUGGGUUGGAUAUGGCCAUCUCACAGCUUACCUAGAGCUGGCCAAAGCCCUCUCAAGAAGAAACUUCCAUAUCUACUACUGUUCAACCCCUGUUAACAUCGAAUCCAUUAAACCAAAGCUUACAAUUCCUUGUUCUUCAAUCCAAUUUGUGGAGCUCCAUCUCCCUUCUUCUGAUGAUUUGCCUCCCAAUCUUCACACAACCAAUGGCCUUCCCUCCCACCUCAUGCCCACCCUCCACCAAGCCUUCUCUGCGGCUGCCCCACUCUUUGAGGAAAUUUUACAAACACUUUGCCCGCAUCUUCUCAUUUACGACUCUCUCCAACCAUGGGCCCCAAAAAUAGCUUCCUCCCUCAAAAUCCCCGCCCUCAACUUCAAUACCUCGGGAGUUUCCGUCAUCGCUCAAGCGCUCCACGCCAUUCACCACCCAGAUUCUAAAUUCCCACUUUCAGAUUUCAUUCUCCACAAUUAUUGGAAGUCCACGUACACCACCGCCGAUGGAGGUGCUUCAGAAAAAACCCGCAGAGCUCGAGAGGCGUUUCUGUAUUGCUUGAACUCUUCUGGGAAUGCAAUUCUGAUCAAUACUUUCAGAGAGCUCGAGGGGGAAUACAUCGAUUACCUGUCCCUUCUCCUGAACAAAAAAGUCAUCCCGAUUGGUCCUUUAGUGUACGAACCGAAUCAGGACGAGGAUCAAGAUGAAGAAUACAGAAGCAUCAAAAACUGGCUCGACAAAAAGGAACCGUGCUCCACCGUUUUCGUCUCUUUCGGAAGUGAAUAUUUCCCAUCAAACGAAGAAAUGGAAGAAAUAGCACCUGGGUUAGAAGAGAGUGGGGCAAAUUUCAUAUGGGUUGUCAGAUUUCCCAAAUUGGAAAACAGAAAUGGGAUUAUUGAAGAGGGGCUUUUGGAGAGGGCGGGAGAGAGGGGGAUGGUGAUCAAGGAGUGGGCUCCGCAGGCGAGGAUAUUGAGACAUGGGAGCAUUGGGGGAUUUGUGAGUCACUGUGGAUGGAAUUCGGUGAUGGAGAGCAUAAUUUGUGGGGUACCUGUGAUUGGGGUUCCAAUGCGUGUGGACCAGCCUUACAACGCCGGCCUCGUGGAAGAGGCCGGGGUGGGCGUGGAGGCCAAGCGAGAUCCCGACGGCAAAAUUCAAAGACACGAAGUUUCAAAGUUGAUCAAACAAGUGGUGGUUGAGAAAACCAGGGACGACGUGAGGAAGAAAGUCGCGCAAAUGAGUGAGAUUUUGAGGAGGAAAGGAGACGAGAAGAUUGAUGAGAUGGUGGCUCUAAUUUCUCUCUUGCCCAAAGGGUGAAAAUUUUUGUUUGGGAAGAAAUAUGACUUGAGAGAAUUAUGGCAUCUGGCAAAUAGUUUAUUAUGGCAUUUGGCAAAUAGUUUUGUAACACACUAUGUUGAGGAGUCAG